AAGAUGGAGCCUGCCGGCAUGGAUUAUUUCUGCGAGCAGGUACAGCAGAAGGACGUGGGCCGCAGGAUGCAGGUCGGCCAAGAGCUGCUGGAGUACCUGGGCGACCCGGCGAGGUCUCCCGAUCUGGAGCAGGACCAGCAGCGCCUUGACAAAGUGAUCGACGAAUUAACAGCGUGGGUCAACUCCAGUAAUUUUAAGGUAGCACUACUGGGAUUAGAUGUUUUAGGUGCCUUUGUUGACAGACUAUCAGGACGCUUUAAACCCUAUAUAGGAACUGUUCUCCUGCCUUUGAUAGAUCGUAUGGGAGAUGCCAAAGACCAAGUUCGAGAGCAAGCACAGAAUCUUAUAUUGAAAUUGAUGUGUGAAGCAGCACCACCCAUGUACAUUUGGGAACGCCUUGCUGUUGGUUUUAAACACAAGAAUUACCGAUCCCGAGAAGGAGUGUGUUUGUGUCUUGUUGCUACCUUAAACAUUUAUGGUGCACACCCAUUAAUCCUCAGCAAGUUGGUACCACAUCUGUGUAUAGCUUUUGGUGACUCCAACAGUCAGGUGAGAGAUGCUGCCAUACUAGCCAUUGUAGAGGUUUACAGACAUGUGGGAGAGAAAGUACGAAUAGAUCUUACAAAAAGAGGAAUUCCACCUGGAAGGUUGCAAACAAUCUUUGCAAAAUUUGAUGAAAUAAGAAACUCUGACAAUAUGAUUUUAAGUAACGUCAGUGACAAAAGCUUUGAUGAUGAAGAGUCAGUGGAUGGAAAUAGGCCAUCAUCAGCUGCUUCAGCCUUCAAGGUUCCGGCACCUAAAAAGCCAGGAAAUCCUUCAAACAGUGCAAGAAAGCCAGGAUCAGCUGGUGGGCCUAAGGUUGGAGGUUCCUCUAAAGAAGGAGGAGCUGGAGCUGUGGAUGAGGAUGAUUUUAUUAAGGCAUUUACAGAUGUUCCUACUGUACAGAUCUAUUCUAGUCGAGAACUUGAAGAAACGUUGAACAAAAUCAGGGAAAUUCUCUCAGAUGACAAACAUGAUUGGGAUCAGCGAACUAAUGCGCUGAAGAAGGUUCGGUCCUUGCUUGUUGCUGGAGCUGCACAGUACGAUGGGUUUUUCCAGCAUUUACGGCUGUUGGAUGGUGCUUUCAAGCUGUCAGCCAAGGAUCUCAGAUCGCAGGUGGUUAGAGAAGCCUGCAUUACUGUAGCCCACCUUUCAACUGUUCUGGGAAACAAGUUUGACCAUGGCGCUGAAGCAAUUGUGCCUACUCUUUUUAACCUGGUUCCCAACAGCGCCAAAGUGAUGGCAACGUCUGGGUGUGCAGCCAUCAGGUUCAUUAUUCGGCAUACUCAUGUGCCACGACUUAUACCUUUAAUAACAAGCAACUGUACCUCAAAAUCAGUUGCAGUUAGAAGGCGCUCCUUUGAAUUUUUAGACCUGUUAUUACAAGAGUGGCAAACACAUUCACUGGAAAGGCAUGCAGCUGUCUUGGUUGAAACAAUCAAGAAGGGCAUUCAUGAUGCUGAUGCAGAGGCAAGAGUGGAGGCAAGAAAGGCUUAUCUGGGUCUUAGAAAUCACUUUCCUAGUGAAGCUGAGACUCUGUACAAUUCUCUGGAGCCCCCCUAUCAAAGAAGCCUUCAGACCUACUUGAAGAAUUCUGGCAGUAUAGCAUCUCUCCCUCAGUCAGACAGGUCAUCUUCUAGCUCACAGGAGAGCCUCAAUCGGCCUCUGUCAUCUAAAUGGUCUGCAGCCAGCCCAGCAAGUCUUGCAGGCAGAGUUUCAGGCAGCAGCAAGGGCGUCCCAAGCCCGGGCACCCUGCAGAGGUCUCGCAGUGACAUCGACGUGAAUGCUGCCGCAGGUGCAAAGGCCCGCCACGCUGCUGGGCAGACAGCUGGAGCCGGGCGUCUCUCAGCAGCCGGGCUGCCCCCGGGGUCCUACGCCUCCCUAGAGGAUACUUCUGACAAGAUGGAUGGAACAGCUUCUGAAGAUGGUCGUAUACGAUCAAAGCUGUCGACCCCUUCUGUUGGUAUUGGAAAUUCUAAAACAGAUUCCAGAGGACGGAGUAGAACCAAAGUGGUGUCACAAUCUCAGCCUGGCAGUAGAUCUGGAUCCCCCGGAAGAGUUCUGACAACAACCACACUUUCCACUAUGAGCACAGGAGUUCAGAGAGUGUUGGUGAAUCCUGCAGCUGCACAAAAACGGAGCAAAAUCCCACGAAGUCAGGGAUGUAGUAGAGAAGCUAGUCCUUCUAGGUUGUCAGUAGCGCGAGGCAGCCGCAUUCCUCGGCCUAGUGUGAGUCAGGGCUGCAGCAGGGAGGCCAGCCGUGAAAGUAGCAGGGACACGAGCCCUGUCCGCUCUUUCCCACCCCUGGCUUCCAGACAUCACUCCAGAUCCACCGGUGCCCUCUACGCUCCUGAUACUUAUGGGGCCACAGGUACUGGCUUUGGAAUUAGUCAGUCGAGUAGAUUGUCGUCAUCAGUCAGCGCUAUGCGAGUUCUGAAUACAGGUUCUGAUGUGGAAGAGGCAGUAGCAGAUGCUUUGAAGAAGCCCGUGCGAAGGAGAUACGAAUCGUAUGGGAUGUACUCAGACGAUGAUGCCAACAGCGAUGCAUCAAGUGCCUGUUCGGAAAGGUCCUAUAGCUCCAGGAACGGGAGCAUACCGACGUACAUGAGGCAGACAGAAGACGUGGCUGAAGUCCUGAACCGCUGUGCCAGCACCAACUGGUCAGAGAGGAAAGAAGGCCUUCUAGGCCUGCAGAACUUACUAAAGAACCAGAGAACUCUAAGUCGUGUUGAGUUGAAAAGAUUGUGUGAGAUCUUCACAAGAAUGUUUGCUGAUCCUCACAGUAAGGUGUUCAGUAUGUUUUUGGAGACACUGGUCGACUUCAUCCAGGUCCAUAAAGAAGAUCUGCAGGACUGGCUGUUUGUACUGCUGACACAGCUGUUGAAAAAAAUGGGUGCUGAUUUGCUUGGGUCAGUACAAGCAAAAGUUCAGAAGGCACUUGAUGUCACAAGGGAAUCUUUUCCAAAUGACCUCCAGUUCAGUAUUUUAAUGAGAUUUACAGUUGACCAGACCCAAACACCUAGUCUGAAGACAGUCAAGCCAGCACUGCAGGACCAACUUCGCUCUUUUUGGAGCUCAAAGGUCAAAGUUGCAAUCCUAAAAUACAUAGAAACUCUUGCGCAGCAGAUGGAUCCAGGAGACUUUGUAAAUUCAAGUGAAACUAGGUUAGCAGUGUCUCGAAUCAUCACCUGGACCACAGAACCUAAAAGCUCAGAUGUUAGGAAGGCUGCACAGUCAGUGCUGAUUUCCCUUUUUGAGCUCAACACUCCAGAGUUUACAAUGCUGUUGGGUGCUUUACCAAAAACAUUUCAGGAUGGAGCCACAAAACUUCUCCAUAAUCAUCUCCGGAAUACAGGCAACAGUGGUCAGGGAUCCAUGGGAAGUCCUUUAACAAGACCUACUCCACGGUCCCCAGCAAGCUGGUCAAGUCCUCUCACUUCCCCAACCAAUACAUCACAGAACACUUUGUCACCAAGUGCAUUUGACUAUGACACUGAAAACAUGAAUUCUGAAGACAUUUACAGCUCUCUUCGUGGAGUCACUGAAGCCAUUCAGAAUUUCAGUUUUCGUAGUCAGGAAGAUAUGAAUGAGCCUGUAAAACGAGAUGCUAAAAAAGAUGAUGGCGACUCGAUUUGCAGUGCUUCUGGAAUAGUGGACAUGCGAGCAGGAAGUGGCGUGAACGAUACAGGUCGGACAGCUCUGGAUAACAAAACAUCAUUACUCAACACAAUGCCUCCCCACUCCUCACCACGUGCACGAGAUUACAACCCAUACAAUUAUUCUGAUGGUAUCAGUCCAUUUAAUAAAUCUGCUUUGAAAGAAGCCAUGUUUGAUGAUGAUGCAGAGCAGUUUCCUGAUGAGCCCCCCAUGGACCAUUCUGAUCUGGUUGCAGAGCUACUAAAAGAGUUAUCAAACCAUAAUGAAAGAGUUGAAGAAAGAAAGGCUGCCCUGUAUGAACUCAUGAAGUUAACUCAGGAAGAGUCUUUUGGUGUUUGGGAUGAGCACUUCAAAACAAUACUACUUCUGCUGCUUGAAACACUUGGAGAUAAAGAGCAUGCAAUUAGAGCUUUGGCACUGAAAGUUCUGAGAGAAAUUCUAAGAAACCAGCCAGCAAGGUUUAAGAAUUAUGCAGAGCUCACAAUCAUGAAGACAUUAGAAGCGCAUAAAGAUCCUCAUAAGGAGGUGGUGAGAUCUGCUGAAGAAGCUGCUUCCAUGCUGGCCACUUCCAUUAGCCCAGAUCAGUGCAUCAAAGUUCUCUGUCCAAUUAUCCAAACUGCAGAUUACCCCAUUAAUCUGGCUGCAAUCAAAAUGCAGACAAAAGUUAUAGAAAGAGUAUCUAAAGAAACUCUUACUCAGCUUUUACCAGAGAUUGUGCCAGGUCUAAUACAGGGUUAUGAUAAUUCAGAGAGCAGCGUUCGUAAGGCAUGUGUUUUCUGCCUUGUAGCCAUUCAUGCAGUAAUUGGUGAUGAACUAAAACCGCAUCUCAGUCAACUCACUGGCAGUAAAAUGAAAUUAUUGAACCUUUACAUCAAACGUGCACAAACAGGCUCUGGAGCAGGGGAUACAGCAGCAGAUAUGUCUGGACAAAGCUAAUGAAGCUGACAAGAGUUAACCAGGUCUCCUAAAGCAAGGGCAAGGCCCUCUUCAGUGAAAGGAAAAUCCUUACAUGCAACUUCUGGAACUUUAUUCUUGUUUUGGUUUUUUUUUUUCCCCCUUUCUUUUGUUUUGGUUUUAUUGUUUGGGGUUUUGUUGGUUUUUUUUUUCUUUAACCAACGGCUGUCCGCAGCCUGCAUGAGACUGAUGCAGUAGAAUUAUUCCAAAUCUAAGGAAAAGCAGUAUUAACAUCAGUUGAUCAAAGCAGAAUAAAAUUUCAAAAUAAUCUUACCCAUCAGUUACCCUGUUCAUAAUCCUCUGUGUCUUCCCAUUAACUUCUGCCAGUGUUACUGUAUUAAAAAAAGAUUUUUUAAUGCUAAUUAAAAAGGUAUGCUUUAAGCUUCAGAAGUUAAAAUAUAAAUUCUGUUGCUUUUCUUCAGCUGCAGAUAACAUUACUUUUUUAUUGCUGUUUUGUUUGAGUAUCAUGUCCUUCGCUAGAAACAAGAAGUGAUGUGAAACAAGGCUGAACUAGUCUGAACUGCAGUGAGACUCGUUCACUGUGUUGGUGGUUCAUCAUCUUAUUUACAGCUUGUUUGGGAUAUUCUGGAGAUUGAGAAAUAUGCCUAUAAAAAGAAAGCUGGAUUGAUCCAGCUCUGUCACAGUGAUAUUGUUCAUUGGUUGUAUGUUUGUUGCAUAAAUAAGAAUUUAGUGUGCGCAGCAGAGGACUGGUACAACCAGUACCUCUUAAUGUGGGAGACAGCCCUGCCAGGGCAGCACUGCCGACCUGGUGAUAGUGUGACAGCCUGCUGGUGAGCAGCAGAGUUCAUGGUCACUUGAUGGACGUGAACCAUCCUUGUCACCUUUCGUUCUUCAAGCAGGAUGCUUCAGAAUGGAGUGCUCUGCCCAAGCAUGCUCAGUAUGUAUUUAUCUUUAUCACUAGAAUGUUUCCUCUCAACCUAAUUGCUGGAACAAGUAGUCUUGUAUUGUAACUCACAUGGGAUCUUACGACAACAGUGCAGAAAACUAUUUAUCCCUUGCCUUCCUAAAAGCACCAAGAUUUUCUGCAUUGAAUUUAAAUGGGGGGAGGGGGGAAUAGUCACAAAUGCUAUGGAUCUCGCCACCUUUUAAUUUAAAGAAAAAUAUAUAUUUUGGAUGAGUAGGAAAAGCUGCACCAAAUUAUUUGCAUGGUUUUCUUGAAUAGCAUCCUCAAGACCCAUCUGGAUUAAGGUGUGGAAAUGUUUCAAGGGUUUGUUUUUCCAUUUUUGAAAAAGAGUUAGUAUAUUGUGAAUAAUGGUUCUUUGUAUUUAUGAAGUUGAUAAUGGAAAGAGAACAAAGAUAAGUAAAUGUGUCCCUAAAUGUUGUCUUUUCCUUUUUUUCCUUUUUUUUUUUUUAUUUUUUUCCUUUUUUUUUCUUUUUUUUUUUUUUUGUAUAAGCAGCAAGCUAAUUAAGUGAGAAAUGGGAUGAAACAGUACCCUUCCCAGGAAGAGUGGAACUUUUUUUUCCUGACUUUUUUUUCUCUUUGACUGUGAUGUUGUCUAAUUGUAGGAAGUGUAUCCUGAUAAGAGAGAAAAUAGUGGUGCCAAGGAUGAUGAUCUAUGCUAGGCUAAAAUUCUCUCUACCUCUUCAGGGUGACUAAUUUUUGACUGAGCUGCUGCAUAUAGCACCCAGUAGAAGAACUAUCUACAGAAAAAUCUUUAUUUUUUUUUCCAAAUUAUCACUUAAUAUGUAUUCAAAACUCUAUUCUUCAACAUUGCAGCCAAAUAUCGUAAGAAACUAUUGACACACUUUACCUGCUAGGAACCUUGAAAAACAAAACUGAAUAAAAAAAUUAAGUCAGAUGCUUGUAGGUAACAUGAAAGGUUGUUUUUACUUUAGUUUGAAGUGAAUGCGAUAGAAAGAGGUAAGAUGUGGUUAUUAAAGAAGCAAUGCCAUUGCAGAGAUUUAUUUGGAGGAAAAGUUGUAGAAAUUUAUGUAAAGACUUAAACCCAAGACUGUCAUAACUCGUCGCUAGCCCUUUUUAGCAGCUACAUCAAGAAAAUAGUAUCUCCUUCUUUUCUUUGUUACGUGUAACAUCCUUGUUGUUUUCUACUGUUUAAUUACAUUGUGUAUUUAUAGUUCUAUGCUUACCAUUGUGCAUAUACUGGCAAUAAAAUGUACAUAACAUUACUGAAAAGAUUAGCAAUGUAUACAUUCUGGUUUUUCUGUUUUAUUUGAUCACAUGCUAUAAGAAAAAUUAUAAAUGUGAUUCAUACAGCAUUGGUUUAAAAAAAUUUAUCUUAUUAUUCAUGUUUUUUUUGUCUAAAUGAUGUUUCUUUAUAUAGUCUUGUUACUAAAUCUGACUUGGCAUUUAAGAACAUGCUUUGAAUAUAUAUUAGACAAACUUAAAAAAUUGCAUAGAAUCUUUAUGAACAUGGUUUCCUUCAUCUAGGCAGAUUUUUUGUUUAUUAUUUCUUUUAUUUGUACAUUACACCUCAUUUACAUUUUACUUUUUUAAUAUUUAAAAAUAUUUUUCAGUCUACAGUCUUGUAGUUUUUACAUUUUAAUUAUACAGAUGGUCACUUAAAAAAAAAUGCAUAAAUUAUAAGCUUAAUAGACCUGUAUGUUAUUCCUGCAUUUUGUAUAGGUAAUAUUUAUUUUCAGAGAAUCAUUGCAAGGUGACUGUUACUUGUCAUCUUUUUGAAGAUGCUAUUUCAUACUGAAAAUAUAAGUUAUUGAAACAUACAGUAUAUAUUCUGGAUGAAACCUAGUUUUUUUACAUGUAAACAGAAGAUAUGUUUUUUAUCCCCUAUAUAACUGAAAAAUUUUGCUCCAGGUAGGGGGGAGGAAAAUAUUUACCCCAAGUUUGUUCAUCAGUUUUGCUUCUAAGUCAUCUUUAAAUGUUUUAAGCAAAGAUAUCCCAUGUAUUAAGAAUCUCAAUGCAAUGUAUUUAAAUGAAUAUUUUACUUAUAUGACUAGUUCUGUUUCCAGCAGAGAUGGGGUUGCUAUCUUUGUAAACAGAUAGAAUUUAUUUAUAUUACUUGAAGCCAUCAGAAUGUUAGAAUUUGGGAAGAAAAUUAUUUCCACAGCAGCCAGUUUAUCAGAUUGAUUGCAUUGCUUUUUGCCUUCAUUUCCUAUAUUAUAAGUAGAUACUAACUCAGUUAAAUUCAAGCAGUGAUUAGUCAUGCCUUAUGUUCCUGCUGGAGGUGGUUUCUCUAAUGGAUUACCAUAAAGAUCUGGGAAAACAUAGGACAGUUAUAAGUUGCUGUUCUUUCAGACAGGGUUUCUACAUGUUCCUUCUAAUAUCCUGUGAAGAUAGGUCAUUGCAGUCAUUUGAAUACUGAUAUGUAAUUCUUAAAGGUUGGGUUUGGGCUUUAAAAAAGAGGAAGGAGAAGUAAAGCUACAUGCAGAAUCAGGAUGGGAAAUGGGUAUCGUGGAUGUCUCAGACUUGGAUGUCAUUUGCUUUAAAUAAUUUUGAGUAACACAUUAUGUUCAGAUGAAGUCUUAGCAAGGAAGUCGGGAUAAUAAAUGUAAAUUGAAAGGAGAGUUGAUCAUGUAAAUUUUCCUGAGUUGGCUUGCUUGUUUGUUUUUGAAGAUAAAGGUUGGAACAGA